GACUGAAGCACAACAAGCUUUAUCAGUUCGGGUGGAACAGACUGCUUUCUUUCAUGGGAGCUUUACUAGAGUUACCAAGCAUCCAAAAGCAGCUACUGACACGUUCAUUUCUACUCCCGAUGACUACUGAUGACAUUCAUAGGCAAUUCUGGUAAAGUGAAUCUUUCACUGCUGGUUGGUCAGCUGCUGUAAAUUGACAGGUUAUUAAACUGAAUCCAAACUCCUGUGAGUGAGAAUCCCCGUGGAGAAGGGAAAUCGACUUCAAACCAAGAUCUUUUGGGAUUGAAACAUGGACAUCUGCUCCAUAUAACGUCACCGAGGGAGAAAACUGAAUCAAACAGCUGUAACGUUGAACACAUGGAGACCAGCUAAAGGACAGUUAACUAAUUAGAAAUGAUUCAUAUGGUCUGACCGAGGUGUGGAGGUGGCUUCAGGAAGUCUGAAAGCAGAAGUAAAUUCAGUAGGCUGGAUCGCAGGGAAUUGCAAAAUUGUUACAGCACAGGAGGAGGCCAUUCAGCCCAUUGUGUCAGCGCUGGUCUACCAUGUCGAUUGUUCUCUCCUUGCUUUUAACCACUGCUGUUGUUACGGGUGGCGUUAGGGGCGGCAAGGGUGAAUGCCCGGAGGUGAAUUUUAAUGGGUCCCACUCCGUGUCACUACAUUGCUCUGACCCAUCCUACGCAAGAGCAACCCUCGUCCAGUGGCGUUGGACGGACUCACUGGGAAAUUGGAAAGAGCACCUUCUCCUACAAGUCCUGAACGGGAAGGUCACGGAGCACCCAGGCCGGUCCAACCUGGGCCUCUCCAGAGAGAGGUGCAUGGAAAGUGGAGACUGCUCACUGACUAUGACACCUACAGGAGAUGAUGUUGGGCUCUACCAUUGCGUUGUGUGGACCAACACGCGGAUUACUGAAGAACAGUCCCUCCUGGCAUAUAAAGCGGGCCCCAAGGCUCUCCGAGCGACCUACGUGGCUGUGGGGGUCUGCGGGGGUUUGCUGCUUCUCCUGGCUCUCGUCGGGUUCGCUUGGAUCUGCAGGCGAAAAGGCCGAGGUCAGGCUCAGAGCUCUGAAUCCCAGAAUCACAGAGGAAACAACAUAAACUUAAAUGCGACAUACGUGAAUCAAAGAAGAAACUUAAAUUCGACUUACAUGGGCCUGAACUUGAGUGACCGUCAUCUUUACAGCAAUCUGGGACGCUGACAGAUGUUUGCAGGAGCCGCUGUGGACCCAGUGAAAAGCUAUUGCUUUGAAGGUCAAUGUGACCAGUGGCCCAGCAGAGAUUAUUCUCGAAUUCACUUCUCUUUGCCGACCGGAUAUCAUUUACGUUUGCUGAUUCGAUAUAUUUAAACAAUUAGCUGCACAAAUCAAAUUCAAAGUACUAUGGUUGUGAAUCAUAUAAACAGUUGUGGAGGGAUACUCUCUUCACCACCUGUAGGGGGGAGUGCUGAAUGACAGAAAUGGGAGCACAAGGAGGACAUUCAGCCCUUUUAUCCAGUCCACCAUUCAAUACGAUCAUGGCUAAUCUUCUACCUCAACACACUGACACAGUCUCUCUCUCACUCUCUCUCUCUCUCUCUCUCCCCCCCCCUCACU